UCGCAUAUUCUCUGUGGCAGUGUGAAUUCAAUGUUCGUCGAAAAUUAUAGUGCUCGUGGAAAUUAAAGUUUUUAUUCCUCAGUGAAUCAGAUUCAAAAUGGCCUUCAUAACGCCAUACUGGGGCCUAGACGGCAUCAUCGUCUUCAUGUCCUUGAUAGCCUCGUUCUACCUGUAUAUGACCCGCAAAUUCAAAUACUGGUCGAAGCGAGGCAUUCAUGAGGUCCCACCGACACCCUUCCUAGGCAACUUCUCAAAGUGCUUCAUGCUGAAGAAAUCAGCGCCAGAGUUCGUGAAGGACCUGUAUGAUCAGUCGAAGGGGUUACCUUACAUGGGUUUCUAUAUCUUCGACAAGCCUUACUUCCUGGCCCGUGACCCCGAACUUGUCAAACACAUUCUGGUGAAGGAUUUCAAUGUGUUCCCUGACAGAAACGCGUCCACGGAUGAGAAACACGACCGUCUUGGGUACGCGAAUGUGUUCAUGAUGAAGAACCCAUCCUGGAAGAUACUCAGGGCGAAGCUGACACCGAUCUUCACCACGGGGAAGCUGAAGAAGAUGUUCAAUCUGAUGUUGAUGAUCGCGGACGAUCUAGGCAAGCAUCUUGAGUUAUUGCACUUGGAGGGCAAUGGAAAAGUAUUGGAAUUGAAGAAUCUAUGCGCCAACUUCACCACCGACAUGAUCGGUAGCACUGCGUUCGGUUUGAAUGUGAACGCACUGAACAACGAGGAAGCAGAAUUCCGCAAGAACGGAAAACACAUCUUUGAUUACAGCAUGGGUCGCGCCUUCGAGUUCCUUACUAUAUUCUUCUUCCCUGGCAUGAGCAAGUAUCUUCAUCCGAAAUUCUUCGGGAAGAAGGCGAGCAACUUUAUGCGAAACGUUUUCUGGGACGUGAUCAACCAACGAAUAGAGUCGGGUGAGAAGAGGAACGAUCUCAUCGAUCUUUUGAUCGAUCUUAGGGAGAAACACAAGGACGACACCACUCUUGAAGGAUUCAAAUUCGACGGCGACGAUUUGGUAUCACAAGCAGCUGUGUUCUUCAGCGGUGGCUUCGAAACUUCCUCUACUACCAUGUCCUUCACGUUGUACGAGCUAGCUCUGAACCAAGAGAUACAAAAGACCCUUAGGGAAGAGAUUCAGGACGCCCUCAUGAAAUCCGAUGGCAAGAUUUCAUACGAAAUGGUCAUGUCCUUACCAUAUCUGGAUAUGGUAGUAUCGGAAACCCUUCGCAAAUACCCUCCUCUGGCAUUAGAAAGGUACCCCGGUGUUCAUAUCUAUGAUGGGUAUGCAUUACGAUCCAGAGUAUUUCUCGGAUCCACAGAAGUACGAUCCACUCAGGUUUACCGAGGAGGCGAAGAAGUCUAGACCGAAUUUCGUUUACUUCCCGUUUGGUGAGGGCCCUCAUAUUUGUAUCGGCAUGCGAUUGGGACUCAUGCAGUCGAAGCUAGGACUCGUUCAGGUACUGAAAAGCUACGAGGUCUCACCUUGCGAGA